ACGAACGAACGACGGCCGACUCUUGGAGGCCCCGCCUAUAAAUCUGUAAUUUUUAUAAUUCCAGCUAUUUUAUACAGCGAUGAUAUUAUUAUAAAACAGGAAUCUAGAUUCACGAGGCAGCGGACUCUAGCAACAAUGGGAACCUGUAGAGUGAUAUGUUUAUUGGCGGUAUUAUCGUCGGCGACGGCGCUCUUAACGUCGCCCCCAAGAAUCGUGAAGCAGCCGCCAGUGGAGGAGCUGCUGUUCCAAGUGGCGCAGCCGGGCGAGGUGGACAAGCCCUUCAUCAUCGAGUGCGAGGCGGAGGGAGAGCCGGCUCCUAAGUACAGAUGGAUCAAGAACGGCAAGCCAUUCGAGUACACGAGCUACGACAACCGUAUCUCGCAGCAACCCGGGCGAGGCACCCUGGUGGUCAGCAGGCCUCGAGACGAGGACUUAGGGCAGUACCAGUGUUUCGCCUCCAACGAGUGGGGAACUGCUACCUCCAACUCCGUGUUUGUACGGAAAGCUGAGCUCAAUUCAUUCAACGAAACCGAUAGCGCCCAAAGAACAAUCACAGCCCAAGAAGGAUUACCCUUCAAGCUUACGUGUAUACCUCCAGAUGGUCAUCCGAAACCUAAAGUCUACUGGAUGCUCCAAGGCGACCAGGGUCAACUAAAGACGAUAAACAACUCACGGAUGACCUUAGAUCCAGAAGGCAACCUUCUGUUCUCGAACGUGACUCGUUAUGACGCGUCUGUGGACUACGCGUACACGUGUGCAGCUAAAUCCCUGUUCAGGAACGAGUAUAAACUUGGUAACAAAGUGUACUUGGUAGUGGAACAGACGGGGAUAUUGCCAACGUUGAACAAGCAUGAGCCAGUACGACAGUAUGUUACUAGGAAGGUGGAGACAGCCCUGAAAGGAAAGAAGACUGAAUUGUACUGCAUCUAUGGUGGAACGCCGCUUCCCCAAGUGGUGUGGUCAAAGAACGGGCAGGCCAUCAUGUCUUCUCAGGAGAUCACCCAAGACAACUACGGCAAGACUUUGGUCAUCAGACGGACCAGCUAUGAAGACCAGGGCACGUACACUUGCGAGGUCAGCAACGGAGUCGGCAGUGCCCAGUCCUACUCCAUACAACUCAAUGUUGAGGCGGCGCCGUUCUUCAUCGAAGAGCCACAGUUCCAGAACAUGGCGGAAGGCGAGACAGCCGUCAUAAAGUGCAAGGCUGGAGGCACGCCCGUGCCGCAGGUCUCCUGGGUCCACAACGGAAAGCCCAUCGAGCAAGCUGAGCCUAACCCUAGAAGACAGGUGACAGCAGACAGUAUCAUCAUCACGGACCUCACCAAGAAGGACACCGGCAACUACGGCUGCAACGCCACUAACUCCGUCGGGUAUGUCUACAAGGACGUCUACAUCAAUGUACAAUCAAUCCCUCCAGAGAUCAAGGAAGGGCCGGAAGACUUGGUGAAGGUGGACGGGUCGGUGGCAGUGCUCAAGUGCCGCGUGUUCGGCGCGCCCAAGCCGCAGGUCAAGUGGAUGAGAGACGAGGUCGACGUCACUGGGGGGAAAUAUAACAUCACUUCGGAAGGCGACCUGGUAAUCAGAGACGUAUCGUUCACGGACGUGGGCAAAUAUCAGUGCUACGCGAAAAACAAGUUCGGUGAAAAGUCCGCUUUCGGUUCCCUGACUGUCAAGAAACGCACCGUUAUAACGGACAAGCCUGAAGAUUACGAAGUUGCCGCGGGGUCUUCGGCCACAUUCCGUUGCAACGCUAACGCUGAUGAGUCCCUCAAAUUAGAGAUCAUCUGGCUCAAUGACGGACAACCCAUAGACCUGGAGAACCAACCGCGGUUCCGCAUGACCAACGAUUACUCGCUGCUGAUAUCCGACACCACUGAGCUGGAUUCUGGAGAGUAUACGUGUAUCGCGCGCACGCAGUAUGAUGAGGCGCGCGCGCAAGCCACGCUCACUGUACAGGACAAGCCCAACCCACCCGUAAUCGUGAGCGUGACCUGCGACCGCCGCGUCGCCAUCAUCAAUUGGAAGGACACGAGCGACAACCGCGCCGCCACGCUGCGGUACACCAUCCAGUACAACACGUCCUUCACGCCCGACACGUGGGACAUCGUCAGCGACAACGUACCACGGGCAGACAAAACGUGGACCAUUGAGAUGAGCCCCUGGGCUAACUACACUUUCAGAGUAAUAGCGUGGAACAAGAUCGGGCCGUCCAACCCCUCGGGGCACUCGCAGCCGAUGUGCACCACGCAGCCGGAUGUGCCGUACAAGAACCCCGACAACGUUGAGGGCAAGGGCACAGAACCUAACAACAUGAUCAUCUCUUGGUCGAAAAUGCCCCAAAUCGAGCACAACGGUCCGGGCUUCUACUACCUGGUCUCCUGGCGCCGCAACAUCACGGGGCAGCCGUGGCAGGAGCAGCAGGUGCGCGACUGGGAGCAGACGGACCUGCUCGUGCCCAACACGCCCACCUUCGUGCCUUACAAGAUCAAGGUCAUAGCAGUAAACUCUAAGGGCACAUCAAACGUCGCUCCAGUGGAAGUAAUAGGAUGGUCUGGCGAGGACACCCCCACAGAAGCUCCCACCAACUUCACUCUAGUGCAAGUCACUACUGGAACCACUGCCUUACUCAGCUGGAACCCUGUCUCCCCCGAGACUGUUCGAGGACACUUCAAGGGAUACAAGAUCCAAACCUGGGUCGACGGAGAAGAAGACAACCUCAAAGAGAUCUACGUCAAAGCUGACGCCUCCAGCGCUCUAGUAUCCAAGUUCAAACCUUUCAAAAAGAACAACGCCCAAAUCAUGGUCUACAAUGGCCGCUUCAACGGACCGCCCAGCGAAAGACUCACCUUCGUAACCCCUGAAGGCAGGCCCGGCAGCGUCAAGUCAUUCGAAGCAUAUCCCAUCGGAUCUUCGGCCAUGCUCCUCAAAUGGGACAAACCUGUCGACGAAAACGGAAUCCUUACCGGAUACAAAAUCUACUACCAAAAAGUGACCGGCACCAAACUCGGGCUUCGGCAAGAGAGGAAGAAGGAGAUCGACCCGAAAUUCGACAGAGCAAAGUUGGCGGGUCUGGAGCCGAAUACUAAAUAUAGAAUUGAGAUCCGAGCGAAGACUAAGGCUGGGGAAGGUGAUGAGUAUUACGUGGAACAAACUACGAAGGCGGUGGCUAACGCGAAGCCGGAUAGUCCAGAGUUUAAGGCUGAGACUUUGCCGGCUAAAGAGGGGACGGCUCACAUUCUGGUUCGUUGGCUGCCUUCUAUGGACGGUCACGCCGGGACGCACUUUGUCGCGUGGUACAGACUAAAGGGCCACCCCGACUGGCUGAAGACUAAUGAGAUCACAGAAGAUGACUACGUGAUCCUGACUGGCUUGGAACCCGGACAGAAGUACGAAGUUAAGAUCACCGCUCACGACGGAGAGUACUACAGCAUGAGUGAAGUCAAGGAAGUCGACACUACUAUUGACGGGCCGCUGAUAAUGCGCGACGACAAGAUGGCGACGGCGGGCUGGUUCAUCGGCGUGAUGCUGGCGCUGGCGUUCCUGCUGCUGGUGCUGGUGCUGGUGUGCGUAGCGCGCCGCAACCGCGGGGGCAAGUACGACGUGCACGACCGCGAGCUGCAGCACGGCCGCCGCGACUACAACGACGCCGGCUUCCACGAGUACACGCACCCGCUGGACAACAAGUCGCGACACUCCAUGUCGAGUGGAACUAAGCCGGGGCCUGAGAGCGACACCGACUCCAUGGCCGAAUAUGGCGAAGGCGAGACAGCCGGUAUGAACGAGGACGGCUCCUUCAUCGGCCAGUACGGCCGCAAGCGACGCCCGCCCGGCGGUCGCUUCACGGAGGACGGGUCGUUCAUCGGGCAGUACGUGCCGGGCGCACGCGUGCUGCCGCCCGAGCCGCCCGCGACCGCCGCCCCCGCCGCCCCCCGCGGGCCCAGCACGCAGCCGCCCACCUACGUCUAAACAACUACUUUGGCCACUGUACACCACAUCGUCAUUUCCCAACUGGUGAGAUCGUGGUCAAACGAGAACUUAUAGAAAAAAGCGAGUCCCCGCUAUCUUUUUACAUUCUGUUUCGAUUAACCCAUCUAUUGCUGGUGACGUCUUUCCUUCGGAAGUGUAUCCAUUUGCUACUGGGACAACUCAACAUGCUUUAUGUCAUUGUGUUUGGAUAAUGUAGCAGAAACACUUCAGAAGCAAUAGAUGCAGUAAUCGUUUGGUUUGGGGACUCCAUUCCUUAUUGGAGAGUUAAAAUUGUCUACCCCUCGAUAAGUCCAAAGGGGUUGUUAGGGGCUUGGUUUUCGUCCGUAAUGAGGGAAGGGUAUGUGAGUUUUCACUGUAAGUGCAAUCUACAGAUCUUAUUGUAAUCUGCAACUAUAAUCAUUGUGCUACCAUAUCGAAAGUAAUUUGAGCUACCCUUGCCACAUUGCUAAAAGAUAUACAUCAUAAGACGACGCCGUAUAUUAAACAGCUAACAUGUAAAAAUGGCAACUUUUAAACGAUAUUUAGUUGAAAUUUAUUAGUUACAUAGGGCCAAAUUAGGUAGGAUAAGCUGAAAUCUAAGCCUAUGUCGUUGGUUUUGGCCCUAAAUAGUGUCGGUAGUGAAGGCUAUGGAAAUAAUAGGUUUUUUAUAACAGGCAUGACUUUAGUCUGGGUUUUCGGUAUGAUAAUCUAACGCGGUUGUUUUAAAAUACCUUUUUUGUGCGUUUGUCAGGCUGGUUUAUUUGGCGCGGCGAAUUUGGUUUGCCAGACAACUCGCAACGUUCUUCGCUUGUUCGUUCCUCACAUCACAAACAAAUGAACAUAAUAGGUAUUUUAAAACGAUUGCGUCCAAAAAUAUUCGCUAAAAAAUAAUAGAUUUGUUUACUUUAUGAGACUGAUUUUAAGUAAUGGAAUAAAACGUAAAUUUUACAAAAUAGUCGUCAUACCUGACACUUCAGUUCGGCUUGUAGAAGGCGAAGGCCCGAUAUCAAUUACUUGUAAAUUAAGGAUACGGUAGCGGAAGACUUGAAUUUAAGAGAAGCUAUUUUUGUCACAGAAGAUAAGGAUAAAAAUAUUAGCUCUGGGGCCGGUGGUCAGGCCAGCCGCUCUCCUUUUGACGGACAAACCUGUCUGCGUGGCUAAGGAUUGGCAACACUGUCGUAACAUGCUAAGUCAAUUCUUGUUUUUGGACACUAAGGUGUCAAAUGAUCUGCAUGUUUGCUGACAUUUCUUACAAACAACUUUAUUAUAAGUUCUAAACGCAGGUUUCUACAUUCUGCGAUGUCGCGUCUGUAUCAAUUAAUUCUAUGCCAACAGGUAGGGUUGUCAAUCAAAAAUCAUCUAUCGCAAUUAUUUUUAUAAUAAAAGAAUCAUAUCUAUACACGUUUAUUCUACAAACUCGCUAUGGACCAUUGAAGAAAAUUAUUUUUUACGAAUAAAAAUAUGACUGUUUAGUAGCGUCACCCGAAUUUGAAAUCAUAUUUUGGUAAUCUUUCCAAUUCACGCUUGUUAGCAGGAAAUCGCGUUAUUAUUUUAAGAGUCAUAUCUAGAAUGUCACUAUUACGUCUAUUAUCGGAGUGUAUAUUUUCUACUUGCGUAUAAAAAAAUGAAUAUUUUUAUACAUUGGCUGUUUGACCACCGGGCGAUGAUGGUGCUUUGCGGAGUAUCUUGUGAGGGUUAUUGUAUUCGGUGUUGUGAUCGUACGUAGUGUAGCACGGAGUAGUCCUGCAGCCCGCCACGUGGCUGCCUCACUGUCAAUAUCGACAUGACGUCUUGUGUCAACAUUGACAUUACUAAUUAGUGUUCAACAGUUUUGACUUUAACUUUAUGCCUUUAGAAAAACGGACGUACUGUAAAAAUAUCUAUAUUACAUAGACCACCAAGAUAUGUAUGGAGAAAACAACAUUACUGUUAGCCGAAAUGUCGUAUGCUAUGUUGGUAAAGUAAAUAGCAAUUUAGUAUUAGAUACUGGUAUUUUGACGAAUCUCAAAAGGUUUAAAUGAAUUCUCAUUGACGUGUUUUUGUAUAAUCUACUCAUUCAUUUGCAUCUAUUGAUAUUUUAGAAUCUAACCAUGUUGUACCUAGUAUACUAAUUUUUGGGAUUGUUAUUUGAUACGUUUUACCUUGUACCAAUUGAUUUUAAAUUACGUAAGUUGCCCGAAGUUAAAUAACACUGCCAAAAAUGGGAUAUACUUGUAUUUUAAAGUGACCAAAAACCUUUUUAAUUAUUAGAGUGUUUUCGCAUUGUAUCCGAGACCGUCAAAUGACGGAUCCAAAGUGGUCGUAGAACUAUUUUGUAUGGUAGCUUACGCGUUACGCCUGAUAUCCGUCAUCCGAUAUGUGUAGUUAAUUUUCUACCAUUCGUCAUUUUCCUAUCGGAUGUAGUGCGAAAACUCUUACGCAGUAAGGUCACAUAUUAUCAGAAUCUCGAAUCUUUUUUAUUGUUGUGACGCAAACCCGUCAGAAACUGUCUCUCUUUCGUAGUUAAGUCCUCUAUAAGGCUUUAUGUAUUUACUAUUUCAUAUUUGACAUUAUGAAGUUUGUUCGCACCACACGAUUAUCAAGUUAUUCCAAGUUGAAGUUUCCAAUUCCGGGGUUGAGACGAGUGCUCGUUUACUAAGCCCAGUGUUGCCAUACGCAAACGCAGCUACCGAUAUUGUAAUGCAAGCUGUAAAUUAUAAAGGCAACCGUCUUCGCCCUGUAAAAAUCUGAUUGUAUCUCGUGUCUAGAUGUAAGGCUAGGGUCUCGUGUUAACUAAUGUUAGGCAACUAACGCAUUCGCUUGUCGCAUCUGCUGUAACGGUUUUAUAUUCUUUGCAUUACGUGUCUACUUUACUCGUACACUGCCGGCCAAAAUUACCGCUAUUUUGGCAUUUUAACAAAAGCGGGGCCAAUUCAGACCCUGUUCACCUCGCAGUGUACAUUCUAUUUUCAACGUAUUUGUGUAUAUUUUUUCUUCGCCUGAAAGGUGUCGGGUCCUAAGUAAUACAUUCCACGCGGUCUAACCAUGUUGAGUUUUUAAAUAUCUCUUUAUUUGUCUUAUCUCGUCGCGCAGUCGGAUGUAAUCUGAACGUUUCUAAAACUUGAUUGCCGCGACAGUAUCUCACAGAGCACUAUUUUAUUUAUUUAUUUAUUUAUUCCUUGACAUUAACUUGCCCGUCUACUUACCCACGUGUCGGUACGCUUGGUUCGUCUGUCGUACCGCGUUUAAUGCAAGGAUCGUUCCGGUUUAGAGCUUACACUGUAACCAUUCGUACCUUAUACAUUGCAUUAUAUUUAUAUUUGAAUGCACUGUUAUUAUAACCCCUUUGAGUUGUUUGUUAAGGAGUCUUUAUCAUGUCUAUUGUCUAGUAAGAAUUUAAUAUAUUAUGUAUAUUAAUUAAUGGUAGGAGAGCCUUGUUCGCGUCUGUUUUGUAGCUUUUUAAACAGCAAAAUGUUGAAAAUAUGAAAAUAUUUGUCUUGAAAUUUGUUACGGUUUUGAAGUAACUUGUGAAAUUGUUGAAGAUGUUCACGCCAAGUGCGUCGUCACUGCCUUCCUCCCGAACCCUAGAACCCUCCAUGUGUUCAUUUUAUUUUCUAUAAACUGUAGGAAUGGUUAAAAUUUUCUAAACUACACUUGCCUUAUAUCAAUGUAUAAAAAUAUUAUCUAACAAUUAAUCGAAGUGUGGUUUAAGUAGUGGAAUGCGAUGCGGAAUCCAUUAGCACAAUGUCUGCAUUUAUUUACAGUAUUUCAUCAUAUGUCACAAUGUUCAUCGUAUUUAUUUGAUUUAGAGUUUCCAAAUUAGUUUUGUAAAGACAGCAUCGUAUUACGCUCAGCUAGAGUUCUAAUUCGGUCAAAUUUAAUUCAAAGUGCCUUGGAAAUAUGACAAUACUUGUAAUUACAAUUCUGAUACGAAAUAACAUUUCUGAAUCGAUAUUCGACAACGAAAGUACUUCAUCUAAACUAUUUUAAAAUACUACUUAAUAGAACAACUCUUUUCAAGGCACUUUGUGUUUUAUGUAUACUUAAAUUUGACCUUCAAUUUAACAAUUUUAUUGAAGCUAAUUUUGCUAAAACGACGAGUGGAUGGUAUAAUUUGACGUCUAAUUAUUAACGUAUUUGACCCGAUGUUGUAGCUAUAGUACUAAAUGUAUUCAAGCUGAUUAUAACAGGUAGUUAUUGUUAUACGGUACGGUGAAUCAGUGUUAUUGUACGGUUGUGUACAUGAUUCGUUUAUGCAGUAAAUAUAUACUUGUCACUGAAUAAUCACACUCACUGUUAUCUUGUCAUAACACUGUGACAGACCCAACCAGUUGCUCGGCUAGUUCCGUCUAUAUCCAACAGAUGGCGCACAUUGCAGUAGCCUAGAAAGCGCUAACGAAGUUUGCUUAGCGCGACGCACAUUAUACAACUUCCAACAUAACACCGUUAGAUCAUCGAUCCUUAGUCAAAAUACCAACUUGUGGUUAGCGGGGGUAGCCCGAAAAAUUGUUUGAGGGCAACACACCCUCGUUUCCAAACUUUUUCUCAUGGACAUGAUAGUCGGUUUUGCCAUGGAGAUAAAUACAGCUAUAUUAGGAAUAAUAUAAUAUAAAACAGGACUAGAAAAGUUGCCGCUAAAACGGCGGGCAAAUGGAUUAGUACUAAUUGUCAAAAUGUUUAUAAUGAUACAACACUCUCUCGAGAUGAUACUUAUUUCCAUACAGAAGCUUAUACAGUUAGCGACAUCUAGUUACUCCAUAGCAAAUGGUAUCUACAUAAAAAUAGCGCCGGUGGCGAGUAUUGGUACUAAAAAUAAAUUAUAUAGAAGGGACCUGACAAGGUUUUACUGUAAGUAUAUGAGACUAGGUAUUGAAAUAUUUGAUUCAAAAAAACAAAUCAUGUACACAAUCGGGAAUGUUUUUUCUAAGCAGGUAUGUGACUAUGUUGAAUUAGACUAGGUUGCAUUUACGGAUGUUGGAUCAUGACAAACUAUUCAUUGUAUAUCGGUAAAAGCUGCCUCGUGCGACACGAUUCUGUUCACGAAUUAAUAAUUUACAUUUUAGUUCGCAAUUAAGUAACUGUAAUUUAUUGUGUAACUAUGAUGAAUAUUUUUUUAUGUUGCAUAGAAAAUAAAUUUUAAGAAAUUA